UCGUCCCGCUUCGCCUCUUUUAGGUCGCAACGAAGAGAGAGAGAAAGAGAAAGAGAAGACAAAACAGAGAAACAAUAACCACAGCUCUGUUUCUCUCUCUCUCUCUAAAUCACUUGAUUCUUCUCUCUGAUUCUUGCCUCCUCAACGUCUGUCAUCGUCGACUUUGUAGCAUCUCGCCAUCACCAAAGCGUCGUUGAUUUGAGAGAGACCCAAUUUGGAUUCAGAAUUGUAAUUUUGAUAUAAGAUGGGUUACAUAGGAGCUCAUGGUGUAGCUGCUCUUAAGAAACACAAAUACAGUGGUGUUGAUCAUUCAUAUCUUGCCAAAUACGUUCUCCAACCUUUUUGGAACCGUUUUGUCAAAAUCUUCCCUCUAUGGAUGCCACCAAACAUGAUAACACUUAUGGGGUUCAUGUUUCUUCUCACAUCUGCUCUGUUAGGCUAUAUAUACUCGCCUAAGUUGGAUUCUCCUCCUCCUCGAUGGGUUCACUUCGCACAUGGCUUACUUCUGUUUUUGUAUCAGACAUUUGAUGCGGUUGAUGGGAAGCAAGCACGAAGAACAAAUUCCUCUAGCCCGCUAGGAGAGCUUUUUGACCAUGGUUGCGAUGCACUUGGUUGUGCGUUAGAAACAAUGGCAUAUGGUAGCACUGCUAUGUGUGGAAGAGAUACUUUCUGGUUUUGGGUUAUUUCAGCUGUUCCAUUUUUUGGAGCAACAUGGGAACACUAUUUCACCAAUACCCUUACUCUUCCAGUAGUCAAUGGUCCUACAGAAGGUCUUGCACUUAUAUACUGUGGCCAUUUCUUCACAGCCAUUGUUGGUGCCGAGUGGUGGGCUCAGCCGUUUGGGAAGUCGAUUCCUUUGUUUAGUUGGGUUCCAUUUUUGAACGAGAUGCAAAUGUCCAGAAUAAUCUUAUUCACGAUGAUUUUCUUUGCCGUUAUACCAACCCUUGCAAUCAACGCGUCUAAUGUUUACAACGUUGUACAGUCAAGAAAUGGAAGCAUGCUUCUAGCAUUAGCUAUGCUAUAUCCCUUAGUCACCUUAAUUGCAGGAGUAUUGAUUUGGGAUUACUUGUCUCCAAUUGAUCUCAUCAGAAACUAUCCUCACUUAGUUGUAAUGGGAACUGGUCUUGCAUUUGGAUUCCUUGUGGGAAGAAUGAUUCUAGCUCACUUAUGUGAUGAACCAAAAGGAUUAAAAACAAACAUGUGUAUGUCACUGCUUUACCUUCCCUUUGCACUAGCAAAUGCUCUAACUGCUAGACUCAACGACGGGGUUGCUCUUGUGGACGAGUUUUGGGUUCUUCUUGGUUAUUGUAUCUUCACAUUGUCGCUAUAUGGGCAUUUUGCAACUUCAGUGAUUCAUGAGAUCACAACUGCACUUGGAAUCUACUGCUUCAGGAUUACUCGUAAAGAAGCUUGAAGACAAAACAAUGUGAUUAAAAGAAAAGAAAAAAAAACAAAUCUUAAGGGAGAAGAAAUGCAAAUCCCAACACAAGUUUGAAUGUUUUGCUACUGCAACUAAAACGAUUGAUCGAUAUGCUUUUGGAUGUAUACUCAUUAAUGUUUUUAUUUUUUGUUUGUUUAUUUCGAAAUAGGGUAAUUUUUGUAGAACUUUAUUUGUGUAAACGUUUUCAGUAAAAAAAAAAAAAAUAUUGGAUUUUUCUAGAUUA